AUGGCCACCGUCAGAAAAGUCGCUAUUAUCGGAGCCACCGGCACCCUGGGCUCGCGCAUCGCCAGCGCUCUAGCAGCCGCAGGCCACGAAGUCACCGCGCUGCAGCGCCCAGAAUCCAACAAAGCGGCCCCCGAAGGGUUGAGGGCCAUCAAGGUCGACUACCACAACCAAGCCGAAUUGAUCGCCACCUUUACCGGCCAGGAUGUCGUUAUCAGCGCCGUCCCCUUCCCCCAACUCACCACCGAGAAACCCAUCAUCGACGCCUGCAUCGCCGCCGGCAUCAAACGUUUCAUCCCCUCCGAGUUCACCACCAUGCUCGAGUCCCCACUCGCCAUCACUCUCCCCAUCGCGAGGGAGAAGGUCCUCAUCCGGCAGUACCUCACCUCCGCCCUGCCCGACCCCGCAGGAACCACCACGUGGACCUCCGUCAACAACGGCGCCUUCUUCGACAUGGCCCUGAAGUACGGGGUGCUGGGUCCCAACCCGAUCACCGGGAAAGCCGUCUUCCACGACGGCGGCGACAAGCCGAUUGCCGUCUCGCUGCUCGCGGAUAUUGCAGCCGCGCUGGUCCGGCUCCUCGAGGACGGCACGUUCGAGGCCGCGGCCAACCAGCCGGUGUAUAUCUGCUCCGCCGCGGUGACGGAGCGGCAGCUGACGCAGCUGGUUGCGGAGGUGCUGGGGACGGAUUUCGGGGCGCCGGAGGAGGUGUCCGUCAAGGAGCUGAUCGCGGAGUCAGACAAGAAGUUGAUGCAGGGGGAUCAGUCGGUGGUGGUUAAUUAUUAUUUUCAGAUGAUGUAUGGGGAGGGGUAUCGGGGUGGGGAUUUCAUGGAGUUCAAUUGGAAUGAACGGUUGGGGUUGAGAGUUAUGGGGGAGGAGGAGUUGAAGGAGGCUAUCCGGGGGAUUUUGAGGGAGUAG